AGGGACGGCUGCAUCAUGCUGGUGAAGAGGGUCGGCCUGACGGCGGGCGGCUGCGGGGCGCAACAAGGUAUCGGUCGGCCAAGUGUAUACCAUGCAGUGGUGGUCAUAUUUCUAGAAUUCUUUGCCUGGGGGCUCUUGACAACUCCAAUGCUAACAGUCUUACAUGAAACAUUUCCCCAUCAUACAUUUUUAAUGAAUGGUCUUAUUCAAGGUGUUAAGGGUUUUUUGUCAUUUCUCAGUGCUCCAUUAAUAGGUGCUCUAUCAGAUGCUUGGGGAAGAAAAUCUUUUCUUCUUCUUACAGUUUUCUUCACCUGUGUCCCAAUUCCAUUAAUGCGAAUAAGCCCAUGGUGGUACUUCGCUCUGAUUUCAGUAUCCGGAAUAUUUUCUGUUACCUUUUCUGUAAUAUUUGCCUAUGUAGCUGAUGUAACACAAGAACAUGAAAGAACUACAGCCUACGGACUGGUAUCUGCCACCUUUGCAGCAAGUUUGGUAACUAGUCCUGCCAUUGGAGCUUAUCUGUCUGCCAGCUAUGGGGAUAGUCUGGUUGUACUGGUGGCCACAUUAGUGGCUGUUGUGGACAUCUGCUUCAUCCUGCUAGCUGUACCAGAAUCUCUGCCGGAAAAAAUAAGACCUGCUUCAUGGGGAUCUUCUAUAUCGUGGGAGCAGGCAGAUCCUUUUGGAUCUCUGAAGAAGGUUAGAAAAGAUCCUACAGUUCUCCCGAUCUGCAUUACAGUGUUGCUUUCAUAUCUGCCUGAGGCUGGCCAGUAUUCUAGUUUCUUUCUGUACUUGAGACAGAUUAUAGGCUUUGGAUCUGCUAGCAUUGCAGCAUUUAUAGCUGUGGUGGGCAUUCUGUCCAUAAUAGCUCAGACUGUGUUUCUCAGUAUCUUGAUGAGGUCUAUAGGGAACAAAAACACAGUUCUCCUUGGCCUUGGCUUUCAGAUCUUUCAGCUGGCUUGGUAUGGUUUUGGAUCUCAGUCUUGGAUGAUGUGGGCAGCGGGAGCUGUAGCAGCAAUGUCAAGCAUUACAUUCCCAGCAAUUAGUGCUCUGGUUUCACGAAAUGCAGAGGCAGAUCAACAAGGUGUUGUCCAAGGAAUAAUAACUGGAGUAAGAGGACUGUGUAAUGGCCUGGGACCAGCACUGUAUGGCUUUAUUUUCUUUCUCUUCCAUGUGGAACUCAAUGAAUUGCUACCUGAUAACACUUCUGAAAAAAAAAUAAAGCAGAAUCCCAGUGAUAAGAGAUUGAUCAUUCCUGGUCCUCCCUUCCUGGUUGGAGCGUGCAUUGUUCUUCUGGCUUUUCUAGUCGCCUUAUUUAUUCCUGAGAGCAGCAAAGCCAGCAGUACCAAAAAACACAGCAACAGCAUCAGCAGUAGUCUGAGUAACAACCUAGACCAAAGUAAUGAAGAGGAUAUUGAACCAUUGCUGCAGGAUAGCAGUGUAUGAAGGCUAAAUUCUGAAGGGCCUAUGGAACAAAUUCAUGAACUGAAUUGUGAUCUGGAAGCUUGGUGGGAGGUACAGAGUGUCUUGCCUUUGAGAAGAAGGCAGCUAUGACAGGAGGUCACUUGCUGUAUGAUACUUGAGGUUGGUGUCAUGCUUGCAGGAGUGUUUUCUCAGAACAGCAGGUCACAAACUGGUGUGAUUCUACCCAAUAUUGGACUGCAAAUGCUGUUUCAAAUUCUGAUAUUGGGUAGAAACCUAAAUAUAGAGACAGAAUUUUUUUAAAGUUGAAUGUUUAGUUCCUAAAAUUGCAAGGUAAUGCGAAAUAAACAGGUUUGAACCAGAACAAUUUCUGCCAUCACUAUAAUAGGUUGUUUUGCAUCUCUUAUGCCUUCUUGUUGCAUCUAUGCCACUUGUAGUCUUCAUGGUAUGGGAGGCACUGAUCUCUAUGUAGUUUUGCUACCUGAAAUAUCAAUGAAAUUCUCAAAUAUUAUUUAUUAACAAGGAGUCCAAUAGUUACCAGAAAGCGGUGUUGAAACUGAGAUGGCAGAAUUCUGAAUGAGUGUGAUCACAUGUGAAAGCAGUUACCCAUAAAUGAAGGUCAUACAGAAACCAUAAAACGCACAUUAUGGAAUAAUCAGUUUUGUGCAGUUAAAGCAAGUCUAGAUGGCACCCAAAAACCAGGUCCCGUUAAUGUUUUGCUUAUAGAAAAUAAAAUUUUAAAAUGAGCCGUGUCAGAAAUACAGAUACUUUUGAGUGGGUGCCAGAGUACUUUACAUCAAAAUAUAGAUGUAUGUACUGCAUUUUGUCACUUUAUCUGUCAUAUAACUAAUUUUUCCUAUUAAUUCCUUUCACUGCUGCCUUAACUGCAUCUUAGUGUUCAGUUAUUAAACAUAUUCAGCCUUCAUAUCACUGUC